AUGGUUCUUGAUUAUCUAAAGGAUGGCAAUCUAAGACAAUAUUUACUAGACCAUUAUCGAGAACUAGAUUUUGAAGAUAAAUUGUAUUUGUUAUACACUAUUUCCUUGGGGUUAAAUUCUAUUCAUAAGAAAAUAUUAGUUCAUCGAGAUUUUCACUCGGGUAAUAUCUUAGUUGAUGAGGUUGAAUGUUAUAUCAUUGAUUUAGGACUAAGUCGUUCGGUUGAUUCGUUAAAAAAGGAAGACGAAAUUUACGGAGUGUUGCCUUACGUAGCUCCCGAAGUUCUCCAAGAAAAAGGUUAUACGCAAGCAGCAGAUGUCUAUUCUUCAGGAAUAGUUGCUUACGAAGUACUAACUGGCUUGCCUCCUCAUUAUGAUAAGAAAUAUGAUGUUUAUUUGGCCUUAAAAAUCUGCGAAGGAACCCGCCCUCGAUUUCAGAUUAAAAUACCACAGUCAUUGGAAAAUUUAAUCAGCAGUGAAAUUAGCGAUGAAAGAAAUACUGAAUUUGCUCAACAAGUAAAAAUUUCUGAGGAAUUUAAUCAGACUUUGCCUGAAGAGAUAAGAUAUCCAAACUGCUUGCUAAAGGGAACAACUGUUCUUCAUAGCGAAUCGCUCUCUAAUGUUACUCAAGAGUUGUCCACUAUGAGUUUGAAGAGUUUGAAUGUGGAAGACGAAUGA